UCCAGACCCUCACUCCAUCCAGCAGCCGCCAAUCCGCUGCUCUGUCAGUGAUGUCUCUACCCGCCAUGUUGGUGAGUGGUCUCUGUACUAGGCCCCCCCAUAUCCAGACAUUCUGUGAUUAAGGCUAUACAGAUGCACUGUUGGGGUUUAAGCCCCUGAUCCUUGAAUUGUAACUGGCUGAAAGCCAAUAGAAAGGCAAACUUGCCCUUGAAUGACGGCUGACAUGCAGUGCAAUUCUGCAGGUAACAUUGGAUGGAAUAUUCCAGAGUGCUCGGCUUGUGGUGCAGAGAAUGAACCGGCAUCAUCCACCAAGCUCCUACCCAGAAGCAUCUGAAGAAUAAAUGGCUUCCUCCAACUGCAACAAUUCCUUUGCCGAAGUCCAGACUAAAUUCCUGGGUCCGAUGUAUGGAGUGGAGUUUGUGGUGUCCGUGCUUGGCAAUAGCUUUGCCAUCUGGCUUCUUGGGCCCGGGGGCUCAAAGGUUCGCCACGCAGGCAUCAUCUUCUCUCUGAACCUUGCAGUGAGUGACCUCUUCUAUUCCCUGUCUCUGCCACUGCUGGUGGCCUACUAUACCAUGGACAAGAACUGGGUCUUUGGUUCUGCCAUGUGCAAGGUGGAACGUUUCAUCUUUAACUGCAAUCUGUACGGGAGCAUAUUCUUCAUCACCUGUAUCAGUGCCAACCGCUACCUGGGCAUUGUGUUCCCAUUCUACACCAGAGGUAGAGUGGAGGGCAAGCAUGCCAAGUUGGUCAGCGUGGGUGUAUGGGUGCUGGUAGCUGCCAUCUCUGCCCCUGUCUUUUCCUUCUCAAAGCUGCAAGUGGAAAACGGAAAGACAGAGUGUAUCGGAACAGCCAUUAAAAGUGAGCUGCCAUCUUACUUUCCUUACAGCCUUUUCCUGGCCGGCUUCGGUUGUGCUCUUCCAUUCCUGAUCACCUUCUUGUCCUAUUUUGGAAUAGCCAAGGCCGUAUGGAAAAGCCAUGGGUUGGAAGCACGGGAGAAAAGAAAGGUGGUGACUCUGGUGUGUGUGGUCGUGCUGCUCUACGCCAUCUCCUUCGUGCCCUAUCACAUCCUGAGGAACCUAAACCUGAAGAACCGUGUGGCCCUGGUAGAUUGCAAUUGGUCUUUCAAGAUUCAUUCUGCCUUUCAGGUGGCCAAAGCUCUUGUUUCUUUGAAUCCCUGUAUCCACCCGCUGCUCUACACCGCCGUGAUAGACAAUGUCAGGGCCAAACUUGGCUGCUACCAGGAGAACGAAGAAGUCAAGUCCCAAGAAGAAAGUAGACUCUAAACCCAAGGAAGUCCUUAUAAGAGCACGAUACAACACAGUGGCUACAACCAUAGACUGAGAAGAACAUGCGGAAUCCAUUGUACAGAGUAGGGCAGGGGUGGCCAAGACGUCAAUUGCGAUCCACCAGUCGAUCCUCCGUGGAUUUCUGGUCGACUGCGACGAGGCCGGGGGAUGCGGAAAUGCGCCGUGCGUCUUGGGGGAGGAGUCAUCGGUCCAUCGCUGAUGGGAAAAGUCUGGCCACCCCUGGAGUAGGGAAUAGCAGUGCUGGUAGUGGUUCCAGGAGAUCAUUGGAAACAUCUUCCUGAACCCAAAUGCAGAACUGGAAUAGUUCAGUAACUCCCAAAAACAGAAACACAUGGACUCUAAUGUAUAAAUGUAUAUAUUAUAUAUAUUAUAGUGCACUGUUAUUCCAUUCCAUUAUUCUCUCUGUAACUUUUUUUUUUUUGCUUAUUUCUUUUACAAACUUGAAUAUUAUUUUAGAGUUUCUAUUCUAGAGACAA